AUGAUUAUCUACGACCUAUCUAUAUCCGUACCCCCUAUCUCCCACCUGGAAGUGUUUCCAUUUGAGCUUUUCAGGGAGCCGCUUGUCAUUCUAGCAAUUGCCGAUGGCACAGAGAUCGCAAGAAAAAAAGAUCGAGAUGGGAAUGAUCCACUCAAGGAGAAGUCCGGUGGAACUGGACACAAGAAGCAUCCUAGCCCGGAGGGCCUGGACCAGCUUAUUAAAGAGCUAGAUGGGAUAAACACGGACUACCCUAAAUCUGUACUCCAACAGCUCUUAGUUUUUGACUAUGAUGGGUUAGAAAACAUAGCUUCUGGCCCUGAGCAGGUAAUUUGGAUACCCAGCCCGGAGGCAUCACGUCCCACAACCAUGAAGACGGUAAUGUGUGAUAUAUCUGCCCGAGUUCUAGGAGGGCUACAAAAGCUCUCAGAAUCAAUACCGCAAUGGCAAAGUAUUGAAUCUCCAAAGGUAUCAUCUUGGGGUCCACGACGGGCUUUAGAUGCUAAGUCACCCGACAAGCUCUCCCACAGAAUGACGAUGCCAGCACAUCUGCCAUCACGGCCAACCGAGCAACCCUUGGAAGGCACCGAAUCGCCCCCAAUUGUCAACCAUGAAUCACCUACCACAUUCGAUGAAAUCACUCGUUCAAUCCAAAUAUCGAACAAAACGACUUCAGCACUUAGCUCUAGUUCCAAACCCGGGUCUAAGGAACAUAGUCGAGAUCGAUCUUCAGUAGUGGGAGUUUCCAGUCUUGCAUCCAACGAGAGAGCAAAAUCUCGUUUCCAGGGCCGUCUUCAUGUUCUUACUGGCCUACUCCAUCUCCAAGGAGGCUUAUGGCCUGAGGCCCUUAAAGACCUUAUAGAAGGCGCUUCCAUUGCUAGGUCUGGGAGUGAUUAUAUAUGGCAUGCCAAGGCCUUAGAAGCGAUAUUGAUCUGUCUUCUUCUGUUUGGGUGGGUGGGUGCAAGUUUUCAGGUAUGCAACCUCCCUUUGAUUGCUCCCACUUUAGAAUCUCAAGGAAACAUCGAGUCUCAUGGAAAGUCAGAACCUGAAGCUAGAUCUUUGGCUCUCCAUAACCUCGCGAGUAUUAUUCCUGACAUUUCCAACUAUAUAUUAAGCCUCUACAAUCGAGCUAUUAAUAUAACGGAUGAACCGCUUCCCCAGCUAGUGUUCUCGGAAACAGUCAUAAGACUUGCAAAGCUUCUGACAACCAUGCAAGUACGCGAUGGUUCUCUUGAUACCGACGGUCUACAGCAUGUAGUCUUGAAUAAACCCCUAGAGCGCAUAUCACUGCCCGACCAACAAAGAAAACCUAACACUUUUCGCAAAACAGAAAUAACGUCUUUCCUAUUCCGUGCACUCCCAUCUUCACUAUCUUCGGAUGUCCCUGUGACAGAUGCGGUUCAGAUAUUCAUUGGCGUGGCUGCUGUCUUAUCGCCUCUAGGGAUGGAGCGAAAACAGGCAUUCGUUCUGAAGGAGCUUUUCUCAAUACUCAUUCCUGGGCUUGUACAAGCUAGGAAGAUUGGUGCGGCAGAAAUUGGAAUUCAUCCAGCUGCAGGACUAUCAGCCCUUAGCAAUGCCUCUUUCGACAUCAACGCUUUGGAUAUUGGUCCUGCAAAUAUGGAAUCAGGUUUAAGAUCGGUUCUGUCUCUUAUUGGAGGGGUCUAUGGCGCUAAGCUUACCAAUGGACGGGUAAACAGCGAAUGGCAGAACGAUGGGCAUGACUUUGACUAUGACUUAAUUGAAGCAAUCAUUGAGCGUACAUUUCAGAACUCAGCCCUCGAUACAUAUGGCGACUUGGCUCUGAAGAUUGAAAUACUUAAAUCCUGUAUAAACUUCUGUGAAGCAUUACCUGACUUUUCGGGCGUUUUGAAGUUUACUGUUGCCCUACUACAAGCCGCCAAGGGCACAUAUAUGCUCACCACAGAUCUUCAGAAGGGCAGGCCACGUCUGAGUCCCGAUGAGCAAACUCGUUUAUACAAUACGGUUAAACGCACAGUCAGCGUUGCACACAAGCUUGGGGUAUCGGAUUUGGAAGCUGAAUAUUGGGAUGAUUUCUUGGUUCGCGAUGUUCUAAUACAACCUUCGAGUGCAGAACGUCCUGUUCGACGAACGAAGCAAGACUUUGGGGUUACCUUUAGUGCUGAAAAGGGCGCUGAAACAGAACCAUUUAUCUACAAUGCAUUCUCUAAGCCCCUUACACCAACCGCUGAGGCACCGUUGAUUGCUGGCGAGCCUGCAACCGCAAGGGUCAUUCUACAAAACCCAUUCGACUUUGAACUCGAGAUUGAACACAUACAGCUUGAAGGUGAAGGCAUUGCCUUUGAUGCCAGUGCCUCAAAUCUCCUCCUUGCGCCAUUUUGUCUCCAGGAAAUCGGGGUUACUCUAUUGGCUGCAGAGGAAGGUGUGCUCAAAAUCACUGGAUGCACUGUUAAGGUGAAGUUCUGCCGAGAAAGGCGAUUCCCUAUCUUCAAAAAGAUAUGGAAAUCCGUGCCGGAAACAAAGCUCAAACGCAGAGGUUUGGCUGCUAAGGACCCUUCCUUAUCACGGCCUACCUCAUGGAGUUCGAACACAUCCCAAGGAGCAAUACCUUCGAGAAAACCUCCAGAAGCAACGACUUUGUCUGCGAAUAUCAUCAAAGCGCAGCCCAUGGUUGAAGUGCAAAGCUCCUCGCUUUUACAAUCUGCAUUAAUGAUGCUAGAAGGGGAAACUAGCUUGUUCGAGAUUACAUUACAUAACGCAUCCGAUUGCCCUGCUGAUCUCCUUCUCUUUACUUUUCAAGAUUCUACAACAGCUCAUCUACAAGCGGCAUUAAACAACAAAGACAACCUGCCUACAGAAAUCUACGAGUUGGAAUAUCAGAUGUUGAAACGGCCGCCUCUACGUUUACGGACCUCCGGUGCAGGGCAAGAAAUACCAACCCUUGACCCUGGUGAGUCAAAGACGUUUACAAUUGAAGUAUUAGGCAAGCCAGGCCUUAGAACAGCCACUAUUCAAGUUGAUUAUGCAUGUAUUGGUGCAUCACCUUCGGAACUCCCAGACACUUUUUAUACCAGGCAAAUCAGUAUACCAUUAACUGUCACCGUCAAUGCCAGCUUGAAUAUUUCCCGGUGCGAGAUCCUGCCUUUCAAUGGUCAUCUUGGAUGGAUCGGUGAUGCAUCCUCUGAUAAAAAAUCAAAAAAGCAACCAACAACAUAUGCCGCCUUACCUGACUCUUCGACUGUUUCUACCGGUGGCCGAAAUGAUCCACAGAUAUCACCGGUUAUAUCUGAACUAGGAUCAAAAUACACGGGAUCUGACUACUGCUUAUUGGUUAUAGAUUUACGAAAUUCGUGGCCUAACCCAAUAUCUGCUCAUCUGAAGGUCACCGACUCGACUACUGGGGAAAAAAUCGAUAGUUCCGAGGCCGGAACUUCGACUCUUCAUUUACAGGAAGUUUCUGACGUACUCCAACCCGGGCACCUCUCUCGCUUCGCUCUGGCUAUUCCACGGAUAUACCUGGAUGAUCCCCACCAGAAAAUUCCUGCAUUGAAUGCUGCAAAUAGACGGCAGUUUGUAGUUAGCGCUAAUAAGCUAAGUUAUGAGGCGGAAACCGCCAAGAGAGAAGCAUUCUGGCUUCGUGAAAAAAUGUUCGAGAGCCUCCAUGGGCUAUGGAAGGAUGAGGUUACGGGCCGUGAGGGAGUUAUUGACUUCCGUGCGAUUGUGUUAACCAAUCGUAUGAUCAGUGCACUUCGAGUGGACGACAUAGAGCCAAGCUUUAAUCUUCUGCCGCUGCAGAAAACAAUCGACCAGGCAUCCUGCAGUGACCAAUACCCAACUAUUCUACAAACAGGCCAGUCAAGAUUCUCCGUUUCAACCGACACAUUCUUCAACCUUCAAACUACACUUUUCAACCGCUCUUCAAAGCCCAUUCAUCCCAUCAUCCGGAUACAGCCCACUUUGCGCAACCAACCAUAUACAGUUGCGCUUGAGCUAUCAAGACGCCUAUCCUGUACCGGGAUGCUUCAACGAGCACUUCCGAUUCUAGGCCCCAGGGAACAAAAACAAAUAAACCUUGGCAUUACUAUUCACUGUGCUGGAGAGUACGAAAUUAGAGCUACAGUAGAGGAAGUCAAGGCUGCAAACACGAUAAUCGAACCGACAGAAGAGAAAGCCGCCCCAUCAUUCGAUAAAUAUGCGUAUCAUCAUGAUAGCUACCAGCAAUCCUUCGAUACCAAUGCACCACGACAGCGUCGCAAAUGGCAUUCUAGACUACCUUGUAUAAUAAUAGCACGAGAGAGCCUUGUGUGA